AUGGAAAAUCGACAACAUGUUGUAACUCAUGAAAGCGAUGAAAACGCCGACACAGUUCCCAUAAUCAUCGCUAGCAAUAGCAAACAAGAGUGCCAAUCUACAAAUGACUCUCUUACUAGUAAAGAUAAUCGACGUAAGCGUUUUAUGGCUCUCUUUGCUUUUUCGUUAUUAACUGGUAGCAAUGGAAUGCAAUGGAUAACGUUUGCGCCAAUCGCUGUGCAAUUGGAAGGCUAUUAUAAUGUUACUUCCACGGCGAUUAACUGGUUAUCUCAAAUAUACAUGGCUACUUACAUUCUAUUUAUUUUACCUUCCACCUGGUUGCUGGAAACGGAUGGUUUAAAAGCGGCUGUUACAUAUGGAGGACUCCUAAAUGCUAUUGGUGCAUGGUUACGAUACUCAGGAAGUCAUCCUGAUACGUUUUGGUUGCUGAUGGUAGGCCAGAUAGUUUCUUCAUUGGCUCAAUCCUUCACAUUAGGAAUUCCAGCAAAGUUGGCAGCUAUUUGGUUUCCUAUGAAUCAGCGAUCAGCAGCAACAGCAAUAGCUGUGUUUGCUAAUCAGGUCGGAUCUGCUAUCGGCUUUAUUCUUUCUCCUAUAUCGGUCCCAGUGGUUAUUAAUCAAGCUGUGUUCAGCCAUAACUUAUCGAAUUUACUAUUAGCUCAAGCAUGCUCAUGCAUGAUCAUCAUCAUUUUAAUUUUCAUAGGAACUGCGCAAUAUAAUGAUAACGAGAACAUUCCGUCAGUAUUAGACUUACAGUUAGCGCGUGAUGAUGAUCAAGAGAGUAUAUCAGGGAAUCAAAAUCACAUCAUCGUUACACCUAGACAUCCCUUUACGAGAGACAUAAAAAUGCUAAUAAUGAAUCGAAAUUUUAUGCUUCUGUUAAUAUCUUAUGGAAUAAUUACUGGAAGCUACUACGCAAUUUCGACACUUCUAGGCGAAAUUAUCUUACCGGAAAUACCGAAUCAAGAAGUGGCUGUGGGUAUUAUGGGCUUUAUUCUUAUUAUUAGUGGUCUAGUUGGAGCCUUUCUGGUUGGAUUUUGGCUUGAUUGGACUAGGCGAUUCAAAGGGACUACGGUCACGUUCUACAUUUUCUCCGUCAUCGCCGCUGUAGCGUUCACCCUAGGAGUUUAUUUUAAACAACUUGAAGUACUUUAUUUUAUUUGUGGUGCUUUUGGAUUCUUUGCUACGGCCAUAUUGCCCGUUGGAUUUGAGUUUGCGGCUGAAAUGACGUAUCCUAUUUCUGAAGGGCUAUCAUCUGGUUUGUUAAAUUGUUCUGCUCAGAUCUUUGGAAUAUCAUUAAUAAGUAUCAUGGACAGAAUUCUUAAUCGUCCAUCCCAUACUUUAAUCGCAAAUUGUGUCUUAAUUGGUUUAUUGGCUUUAGGCAUGAUUUUAACCUGGAUAAUUAAAUUGGAGAGAAGGCGUGAGAAUAUGGCCACGUAA